UCCGUCUCCGUCUCCUCCCUCGACCUUUAAGUCAUGAACUCUGUUUUCUCUGUCUUCACUUCGCAUUCCCGGGGAACCGAGCUGAAAGGCGGAGACGAGAGAUCAAAGAAAUGUUUUUCCCGUUCCUCCAGAAGAGCCGGGACGACCGACGCGUGAGACAGCCGCAUGUUUAAGGACAUGUUUUCAUUACCUUUCGGUUUCUGUGAGGUGACUCAGACCAGAUGAAGCCUUGUGUGAGAUGAUCAGGAUGAAGUCCAAACACAGCUUCAUGUUUUUAAUUUGUCCCAUCAUGGUGCUGAUAUUCUUCUACUAUUCGUCCGGCAGACUUCACUUACGGAGCCCAGUCCAGAAAUCUCAGGCUGAUUUGGAUAGGUUACUCUCCGCGGGACGGAAAGUAGCUUCAGAGUACGACAAGCAGGGAUUCCUUACCAAGUUUGACAGAAAACUGCCUCUGGAGCUGCAGUAUAAAUAUGGUAAUCUCAGUAAAGGCGAGUGUAAACCGGGUUACACAGAAGCCAAGAUGACUUCAAUCUAUCCAAAGUUUUCAAAACCAGCCCCUAUGUUCCUCGAUCCAAAUUUCAAGAGGCUAUCAAAGAUCAGCGGUUACCUGCCUCCAUUUGGAGUAAGAACACAAGAAAGGAUCAUCGAUCAUAUUUUACAAGCUACAAAGAAAUAUUCACUAGGUUCAGAACUGGACAGAUUAAUUUGUAAGAAGUGUAUCAUUAUUGGCAAUGGAGGCAUUCUGUUCAACAAGUCUCUGGGCUCCCAAAUCGAUCAGUAUGAUGUUGUCGUACGACUGAACGAGGCUCCAGUCGCCGGGUUCGAGAAGGACGUGGGCUCGAAGACCACCAUGCGUAUCACGUACCCUGAAGGAGCCACCCAGAGACCGGAGCGCUACGAGAAGAGCUCGCUUUUCGUCUUAUCUGCCUUUAAACUCAUGGACUUCAAAUGGCUGCGUCUCAUGGUGUUCAAAGAAAAACUGCGGAGUAAUGACGGAUUCUGGAAGUCCGUGGCACGUGUCGUUCCCAGAGAGCCAGAAGACAUGCGCAUCCUGAACCCGUAUUUCAUCCAGGAAGCGGCCUUCAGAUUCAUCGGCCUUCCACACAACAAAGGUGUCAUGGGAAAAGGGAAUAUUCCUACAUUGGGGACUGUUGCGAUCACGAUGGCUCUUCAUAACUGUGAUGAAGUGGCGGUGGCCGGAUUCGGAUAUGACAUGAACACACCUCAUGCACCUCUGCACUACUACGAGAAGCUGAAGAUGUCUGCAAUCAAAGAGUCGUGGACACACAACAUAUCCAAAGAGAAAGAGUUUCUCCGAAAGCUGGUGAAGGGGGGCGUUAUUCAGGACCUUACCAAUGGGAUCUGACGUCACGUCCCCGUCAUGCAGCAUAUCACUGGUGACUGACCUCCCAGCCGAAGGACUUACACUAACGUGAGCCGUCAAACGUCCAAAGGGACGGUCCAGUUGUUUGAGCCAAUCGCAUGAUGCAGCUGGAGGAAGUGACCUCACCUCAUAUGCUGGACGGUGUCUAUGGCAGUCUCACCUCAAACAUUGUAAUGCUUUUUUUAAGAUGCAACGUAGAUGAGAAAGAGUCCGUCCCUGUGUGCCACGGCGCCCGACAGAGACUGGAAACGUGCUGCUUUCUCCUGCUUUUUUACUCCAUUGUAUUCAGUAUUUAUUAGACAGUAUUUUAAUCAUCGUUGUUGAAAUGCUUUACUUUUUAAGCAUAGUCAGCUUGAAUGCUUUAUCACUGUUCUCUUCAAUCUCAGGCUAUGCACAACAGCACACAAGACAUGAUUGUCACUGUUGAUUUUCUGCUGCUCUUCUGACGUGUGCCAUUAAACCAAUCAGCAUCCACUUGUUUCUUGCACCUUGCACAUGUGUAUCCCUCUCUGUGUAUAACCUGAUCAUGAGACCAGCCGGAUUAAAGUAUUAUCAAGACUUCUACA